AUGCAGCAGAUUAUCCCGGAACCCCAUCCCGUGAAUCCGUCUGCCAUCGUCUUUCGCCUGGGGCCGAGCAUCCCCUGUCUCUCUCUAGACUCUUGA